AUGGUUGGGAAGCGGACUGCUGUUGUUCUUGCUUCUUAUGGUCAUGUACCUCCCCUUCCACACAGUGAUGCCAGUCGCAAGAGAACUAGGCUAGACUUUUUAACUGAAGAGGAGAAGGUACUUAGGAGGAAACUUUUGAAUCGUGAAGCUGCUCAGAAAGCCAGAGAUAGGAAGAAGAAUUCCAUCCUUCUGAUGGAGCAGAGUAUUCGUAGUCUUCAGUCGGAGAAUCAGUCUCUGCGCCAAGCAAUUAGUCUUUUGAAGCACAAGUGUCAAGAGCAGGAAAUGCGACUUAAUUCAAUCCAUUACCAGUUAGGCUUGUCGACAAGUGGCGAUCAAACGUUAAAAAUUGAGCAGAUUGAGCCAUCGGAGCCAGCAGUGCUCUUCCCUCUGCAGCAGGGUGUGGUUCUCUGCGUUCUACUUCUGAUCUGCCUCUCUUUUGUCAGCCUAGCUCUGGCUUCGUUCAAUGACGUCGUUGCCGAUAUCUCCUCAGAGGUUACGAUUCCAUCGCAGUCCACGGAAGACUCUGCCUAUGAGGUAGAUAUCGCCCCAAUUGUGUCUGCUCCUUCAUUGUACGCUGAAAUUUACAAGUCUUUUGUGGAUGAAACUAUCGACGUUCCUCUAACACCCUCAAGUUCCGCUGAUAGUAUUGAUGAAAUCCUCAAGUAUCUGAGUGAUGAAGAUUUAUCUGGUGUGUUAGAUAAUGAUCUCCCGCCCUCUCUACCAGUGCGCCGCCACUGA